AUGCCUUCUGUGGCCAACGACAAUUUCGAUCUGCCUCUUGCGAAGAGGCAGAAACGGGUAUCGCAAGGUGUUAAUGCUGGAACACGGGGCUCCAAAAUCUUUGCUCCUUUUCGUACACUAGGAUUGGUGUCACCAACACCCGUUCCUUUCACAUCCGUGCGCCUGGGUAAAUCGACUUUCCAAAUCACAACCUCGGUGGGACACUCGCUCCAGACAUAUGAUCUGCGCCGGGGCCUGAAUCUUAUCUUUUUGACUCGGCCGCAAACUCCUGAGAUCAUUACGGCAACAUGUGCGUGGCAGGAUAAGGUAUUUGCAGCCUGGGGCCAUCUCCGGCCGCAGUCUCCCGGCGGGGUUUGGGUUUUCAAGCGCGCCAAAAGAGUUGCAGUUCUUGAGAGCCCCGCAGACCUGAAGGGCCCUAUUGAGCGCUUGGUGGUAUUUGGCUCGUGGGUUGUUGGUUGCUGGACCGGGGGCAUCGAAGUUUGGAAAACGGGCACAUACGAGCACUAUGCCAGUUUGCGGCCGCAGCCUGUUCAGGGUUCCUCUGGAGAGCAGAUCUACACCGGAAUCAUGUGCAAUAUGCCUACCUAUCUCAACAAGAUCUUCGUGGGCCGAUCAGAUGGAGCGGUUGAUAUUUGGAACCUUCGCAGUGGAAAACUUCUUCACACAUUGCCCGCUUUGUCGUCAGAUGCUGGGCCCGUGACUGCGAUUCAGCCCACACCUGCUCUAUCGCUUAUUGCUAUUGCUUACAAGGGCGGUGCGCUGGCGAUCCAGAACGUGAAUUCUGGCCAGCUUGUUCUGUCUCUCAAGAACGCAUCAUCCCGGGGUCUGCCCGUCACAUCUAUUACUUUCCGGAGUGAUGGUCUUGGUGCUGGUCACGAUGGUCGCAGCUCAGGUGUCAUGGCUACGGCGUCGAGUGGCAGUGGCGAUAUUACAAUGUGGGACUUGAACAACGGAGGCCGCAUUGCAGGCAUCCUCCGUGGAGCUCACCGCGUAUCUACUGGCGAAAAGGCCAUGGGCGCUAACCGCGUCGAGUUUUUGGAUGGACAGCCGGUGCUUGUGUCGUCGGGCGAUGACAAUUCUCUGAAGACGUGGAUUUUCGACGCAACCCCAUUCUCGCCCAUUCCCCGACCCCUUCAUAGACGAAACGGCCACUCCGCUGCUGUCAGCGCUCUUGAUUUCCUGCCGACAUCCUCAGAUGGCUCUGAGUCCGGCGGCAAGUGGCUUCUCAGUGCAAGCAAGGACUGCAGUCUCUGGGGACUCAGUCUGCGCAAAGAUAGCCAACAUACCGAGAUUUCACAGGGUAACGUUGAAAGCAAGGCUAAGAAGGCGGGGCCUUCAAGCAACUCAGAUGCGAUGGCAAUCGAGGAUCUGAAGGCUCCCGAGGUCACUUGUAUCGCCUGCAGUCUCAAUCGUGAUGGCGGAAUGGGAAUCACUACAUCUGGCCCAAUUUGGUCGAACCCGAAGGCCACAAAUGCGGAUGACUCUAAUGCAACUGGCUGGGAAAGCGUGGUCACUGGUCACCGGGGCGACAAGUUCGCGCGUACUUGGUUCUGGGGUAAAAAGAAGGCAGGCCGAUGGGCAUUUGCAACCAGUGACGGAACAGAAGUCAAGAGUGUUGCCGUCUCCCACUGUGGAACUUUCGCUGUCAUAGGAUCAGCCGGAGGUUCUAUUGACAUGUUCAACAUGCAGUCAGGUCAACACCGACAAAGUUUCCCAGCUCGUCCCCCAACUUUCCGCGGCGCCAAAUCCACUGUCUCGGCCUCAGUCGCUGCUGCUUCCAAACAUACCAAAGCUGUGACAGGCCUGAUGGUUGACAGCCUGAACCGUACUGUUGUCAGCUGUAGUCUGGAUGGUAAAGUCAAGUUUUGGGAUCUUCUCUCCGGAAAAUUCCUCGAUGAACUUGACUGGAAUCCAAUGGCUGCCAUUACUGGGCUUCGCUAUAACAAGGCGAGCGAGUUAGUCGCUUUCAGCUGUGACGACCUCUCAAUCCGCGUGAUUGACCUUGAGACCCGCAAGCUUGUUCGUGAGUUCUGGGGAUGUGUGGGUCAAGUCAACGACUUCAUCUUCUCAAAUGAUGGGCGGUGGAUCGUCGCAGCCUCAAUGGACUCGGUAGUACGCGUGUGGGAUUUGCCCACCGGGCACCUGAUUGACAUCUUCCGCGUUUCGAGCACUUGUGUCGCUCUGGCUAUGUCCUCAACAGGCGAAUUCCUCGCCACCGCACACGCCGGCGGCAUUGGUGUCAGCCUCUGGAGCAACCGCAGCCUGUUCAUGCCUAUAUCGACCAAGAACCUAGAUGAGAGCGUUAUUGAGAAUGUUGGGCUCCCCGCAACAUCAGGAGAAGGCGGUGCUGGCCUUAUUGAAGCAGCCUUUGUGGAUCAAACCGAAGAAGAUGAAGCAGAAGGCCCCGUACUGGCAACAGAACAACUACAACAUGACAUGAUGACUCUCAGUCUUGUUCCCAAGAGCAGAUGGCAGGCAUUGGUCCACUUAGACUCUAUUCGGGAACGUAAUCGUCCGAAGGAAGCUCCCAAGGCACCCGAGAAGGCUCCAUUCUUCUUGCCCUCUCUCCUCAACUCCAGUGGGCCCGAGUCUACCAGCAAAACCUCUGGGGACGAUGCUACCGAUGUGAGUUUGCUGGCUAAAACCGCCGAGGCCGAGAGAUUGCGGAUCGCCAAGUUGCAGGCCGGUGGAAACCCCGGUGCCCAAUCUGUGUUCACCCGGUCAUUGGUAUCCGGCCAUCAGACCGGCGACUUCACUUCAUUCGUCGAUCAUCUCAAGACUUUGUCUCCAGCCAAAGCCGAUCUUGAGAUCCGUUCACUGGAUCCUCGGGUACGUGAUGGGCAUGCCGAGUUGUCCGAUUUCGUUAUUGCUUUGACUGCUCGUUUGAAGUCCAAGAGAGACUUCGAGCUUGUCAAUGCUUGGAUGGCGGUCUUCUUGAAGAUCCACGCCGACACCAUCGCUCUCAGCUCUCAUCAUGAUGAGCCUGAGCACCGCCUCUUGCAAGCGGCUCUCGCAACUUGGGCCCAUGAGCAACAACAGGAAGGAAAGCGCCUAGCUGAGCUGGUAGGCUACUGCCGCGGAGUGGUUGGAUUCUUGCGAUCCGCUCGGUAG